UCACUUUGAUAUGAACCGAAGAGCAGGGAGCAUAUUGGAGCAAACUUCAAUUCUACAGACUAAAAUCUGUCAGCAGCAGGACCAGUGCCAGUAAGAUGCAGCUACAACCGUGCUGACCAGUAGCAGCAGCCAGAAGAGUCACAACACUGAACAUCUGACACGCAGCCGAAUCGAUGCAAGUCUGGGUCAGUCUGUGAGCUGCUUCGGUGUGCGAUGUGUGGACCUGCCCUCCGCCUGUGUCUGCUGCUGUGGGUCGUAGGCGCAACAACACAAAGUCAGAUUACAGCUCCUGCCAGUCUGACUGCAGAGGCAGGACAUCCCAUUGUGCUUAGCUGCAACAUCACCACGGCGACGGGCGACACCGUUCGCCAAGUGCGCUGGCUCAACAAGCACUCCAAGUUGCUCCUGGCCUAUGAGCAAAGAGUGCCGGUCCGUAUCAGCUACCAGGAGCCCAACGUGAAGCUCACUGCCUCCAACAACAAUGGCAGCUACAUCACCAUCAAGAAGGUGCAUCCAGCUGACGAUGGCUGCUACCAAUGUGUGUUUGACGUUUUCCCCAGCGGGCAGAAAAAUGGCUCGACCUGCGUCAGCGUCACUGGUAAAGUGCACCUGGAAGGCAACAUAAACAAGACUGUCGUAAUCGGGAGGCCCGUCGUUCUGUCCUGCUGGUACAGCCUGGGUGAGAGGGUUCGCCAGGUGCUGUGGAGGAAGACGGCCGAGCAGGGGGACACCACCACGGUCGCCUCCUACGCCAAACACGGCCACCACGCAGAGGAGCUGUUCAAAGGUCGGGUCAGUCUGAGCCGAACUCUGGGAGAAACCAAACUGACCUUCAGUCAGGUCCGCAUGGAGGACGAGGCCUGCUACACCUGUGAGUUCCACGCCUUCCCAGAUGGCACCAGGAGCGCCACCACCUGCCUGUCCGUUUAUGUUUUACCUGAACCAGAGGUGGGCCACGUGACCUCACCCUCCGGAGUCACAGAGGCGAACUGCACCACUCAGUCGCGGCCUGCGGCGCACGUCACGUGGGACACCGGCGGUGACAACCGAACGCUCGGACCGCCCAUCUUGUCUCUGUACGAGCAGGGCGACGGCACGACGAUCGUGACGAGCACGCUGCUCUUUCAGUCAGGGCUGCUCAGUGAACAGUCGGUCAAGUGCGUCGUGCGACACCAGGGUUUGGAGAAAACCCUCACACUUCCCCUCAACUCAGACGCGCGUCCAGCCAUAAUUAUCCUCAUCUCGGUGUGCAGUGUGGCUUUGGUCCUCCUCCUGUGUCUGUGUGUGUGUCUCUGCAAGUCCUUCAUCUGUUCUGAUGACUGAUUUCAGGUCUGACGUCACCGCUGCUUUGAAGAAGAUCCAGCAGAGUUGGGAGCUCGACCCUGCUGCUCAGCACCGUGCCCUUCGGCUCAGCGUGCAGAGAAAGCUGCUGGUUCUGUUCCCAUGAAGGGGAAACACGCAGACAUACACAUGCUACUACGUAAAAAAUAACUAAAACGUUAUUUUAUUUAAUGCUAAAAAAUAAGCUGUAGAAGAGCUGCUGUUGAAAUCCUUCUGCCAGGACUUCAAACUGAAUCUUUGCCAAGAGGAACGACCAAGUUUUAAGGAUAAAAUGUUUUUCUGUAAA